CAGCGCACAACUUUCUCGCGCAAGCGUAACUCCAAACUCACUGCUCACGGUGUCCGCGCAGGAAUGUGGUGUUGAAAACUCUUGUGUAACGAACGCCUGCUGUUUCACCGCCAAUUUAGUUUACGUUACAUUGUUUGCCUGAAACUAUUUUUUUUGGAGAUACUGGAAAACGGAACAACUGUAUGUAAGUCGGCUCCGUAUGUACUGUUGACAGCUGUGCGUAAAGUGACAGAAAGAGCGAGAAUCAUGAUGAAGAUCAGUCCUCAUUCACUCUUCCUCUUCGGUCCUUAAGAGACAGUCUGGAAUCAAAGCUUUGACGUCUCAGACAUCACAACGGCCAUAGAACAGAUAAAAGGGAGGGAGUUGAGCUCUUCCUCUGUGCAAGCUUCAUCAUCAUCCUCUCCAUCUGCAAUGGAGGUUGCCCUGGCUCAUCCUGCCCUGAAGGCCUUCAUGUGCGGCUCUCUCAGCGGCACCUGCUCCACUCUGCUGUUCCAGCCGUUGGAUCUGGUGAAGACCAGACUGCAGACCCUGCAGAACAACAUGCACCCAGGUGCUCCUAAAGUGGGGAUGAUUACAGUCUUUUUCAACGUGAUCCGCACAGAGAAGCUGCUUGGCCUGUGGAAGGGGGUUUCACCGUCGUUCAUGCGCUGUAUCCCUGGUGUAGGGAUCUACUUCAGCACAUUUUACUCGCUGAAGCAGCACUUCUUCCAGGAUAGGUCUCCGAAUGCUGGGGAGGCGGUGUUGCUUGGGGCGGGGGCUCGUUGUGUGGCAGGUGUGGCCAUGCUGCCCAUCACAGUCAUUAAGACUCGUUUUGAAAGUGGGCGGUACAAUUACAUAAGUGUAGCUGGUGCUCUUAGAAGUAUGUGUCAGAACGAAGGUCCCAGGGCUCUUUACUCCGGGCUCACAGCGACUUUACUCCGAGACGCCCCGUUCUCUGGCAUCUAUGUCAUGUUCUACAGCCAGGCCAAAAAGGCUUUGCCACAGGAGAUCAGCUCAUCCUCCUUUGUCCCACUGGUUAAUUUUGGCUGUGGUGUGGUGGCUGGUAUUUUGGCCUCUCUAGCCACUCAGCCAGCAGACGUGAUCAAAACCCACAUGCAAGUGAGCCCAGCGUUGUAUCCCAAGACCAGCGAUGCUGUACGCCAUGUUUAUACUAAACAUGGCUUGAGCGGGUUCUUUCGAGGAGCAGUUCCUCGUUCUCUGAGGAGAACCCUCAUGGCUGCCAUGGCCUGGACUGUGUACGAGCAGCUGAUGGCACGCAUGGGACUGAAGUCCUAAAGACACCCGACGCACUUUAUGUGUGGACUUCAUUCUGUGUGUGUCCGUUACAGGAGUGUGUGCUUUUCAGACGAUGGUGAAAAGAUGGCGUUCUAUUAUCCUUGAAGGCUUGAUAAAAAACAAAAGCAUCUAGUGUUGGCUGAGGUACCGGUAAUAGUAAGUUUGUGUGUGUGUGUGUGUGUGAUUGUCUGUGUGUGUUAGCGUUUUCAGGUGCAGUGAGUCUUUACCCUGUGACACCUCUGACAGUGACAUUCCUAAAUUGCCACAUUGUGAGUUUGUCUGCCUGCAUAUUGAGACAGGGGUCCACACUGAAGAAUAUCAAUGAGAGAUUGCUGAAUCAUGUGGCGUCAGCUCACAAGAAAACACUCCUUUCACAAGAAGAAAAUCCCCCUUUUGGCAACUAACCUUAGAAUACCACAUGUCUCGGUGUCAUUGAAAAGUGCCCACCUUUGCAGGGUUUUCAGAAAUGCACGAAUCCAAAGACUGAGAUAGUUCCUAAGCCUAAAUCCUUUUUAGUCGA